AUGCGGGCGGAUAUCAAACGCAAGGUACAUGCUGGACACAUGGGCAUCAACUCCUGUCUACGGAGGGCACGUGAGUUAGUUUUCUGGCCGGGAAUGUCGGCUGACAUUCGCCAGCAUGUUGAAGCAUGCAAUGUGUGUGCUACAUACAGUGACAGGCAAGGACCUGAAACAUUGUUCAUGCAUGAAGUUCCAGGCCGUCCGUGGGAGAAGGUUGGCUCUGACCUGUUGUCCUUUGAGGGUAGAACAUAUAUGGUCACGGUUGACUACUACAGCAAGUUCUUUGAAAUUGACUACCUCAUUGACACAGGCUCUGCGGCGGUCAUAGACAAGCUAAAACAUCAUUUCGCCCGACAUGGCAUACCUGACACGGUUAUUACUGACAGUGGACCUCAGUACAACUCGAAGAAGUUUAGAACAUUCAGCACAACAUGGGGUUUUACACAUGAAAUGACAAGCCCAGGGAAUAGCAAGGCCAAUGGAGCUGCUGAGGCAGCGGUAAAGUCAGCGAAAAAACGCAUGCGGAAAUGUAAGGCAUCUAGAGAGGACCCCUAUCUCGGACUGCUCAACCUAAGAAACACACCAACGGAGAGUCUCCAGACUAGCCCGGCACAGAGACUUGUGGGCAGGAGGACUAAAACUAUGUUUCCAACUACGCUAGACAAAUUAAGACCAACGUACCAGGAUGCCGUAGUUACUAAAAUGGACGACAAGCGAGCAACGCUGGCCCAGCGUAAAAAUGAGUUCAGACAUCAUCUUCCACCAUUGAAGGUCGGUGACACGGUCAGGAUGCAACCGAUUCAGACAGGGUUAAAAGAGUGGAAGCCCGCUACGGUCACUAAACAGCUCAAAAGCAGAACUUAUGAGGUGACGGCUAGCAACGGUAGAACAUAUAAACGUAACAGACAGUUCUUGCGAGUUUCUAGAGCCAAUGACGCUUUUGGAAAUGAAAAGGUGACUCAUGUGCCUACGGCUGUAGGUAAGCCCACAACUGGUGAGCUGGUAGUUCCGACUACGUCGAAGGAGCCGGCUGAUGUUACGACACAGCUGGANGGGUUACGAGAGUAG